GUUCCUCAAUUCGGUCCCUUUUUAUUUUGUGCGGCGAAGGAAUGAGCAAGAAGAGCCUCGCGAUACUGAUGAGAGCGCGAAUGCGGGGCGCUCCCAACGAACCCCACGGUCAUCGUCCCCAACAAAUCUCCCGAUCCGCCCCCAAUCCUUCCAGAGUUAGCGAUCGAUCUCACUCUUCUAAUCUCGCGGAUUCAAAUGGAAUCUCGGCGAAGGAUGUGAAGGAGUGGAUGCAGGCUUCGAUCUCCAUCCCAGCGGGUAGUAGAGACCCUGCCGAUGCAUAUCUCGAGGAAUUCUCGCAGGGUUAUCUAAUGCUUUCCCAAGAAGGUCGUCGGGAGCUGCUUCUUGCGCUUUCCAGGGAUUAUGAUGUGAAUAGGGCGCGAGUUCGCGAACUGAUGCGUCAGUAUCUCAGCCUCGAGCUUUCGCACGGUGCGACGGAUGAUCAACAGUCCAGUGGACUUGAUGAUGACGGUGCGCUCUCUACGUUUUAUAGGAUGGAGCGGAACCUUCGAGACGCUCUAAAGCCGAUGUAUGCGGAGUUCUUUGAGAGAUUGAAUGCGCACCCUGGCGGAUUAAAACUGUUGGCAAUUCUUCGUGCCGAUCUCCUCGUUUUCUUGGGGGAGGAAAAUUUGCCAUCUUUGCGUGCAUUGGACUCAUAUUUGAAGGAAAAGCUCAUAACAUGGCUUAGUCCAGCAGCUUUGGAGCUUCAUCAGAUAACAUGGGAUGACUCUGCAUCACUGUUAGAGAAGAUUGUAGCAUAUGAGGUAAGAGGCUGUCCACCCAAUAAGAAAUCUAAUAGACUUGAAGAGAAGGCUGAGUGUUGGUCGUCGUUGCUUUGGAUAUUUCCAUCCGGCAAUCCCAGUGCUCAAUUAGGUGAGCCACUUAUUUUCAUUGAAGUUGCACUUUUGAAGGAUGUUGCCUGCUCAAUUCAGGAGGUCCUAUGGGAUGAUCCGCCUAUUCCUGAAUGCGAAGCCAGAUGUGCAUUAUUCUACUCGAUCUCGUCGACUCAACCAGGUUUGUCAGGAAUAAAUCUAGGGAAGUUUCUCCUGAAGCGUGUGAUUGACAUGUUAAGAAAGGAUGUGCCAUCUAUUGCUAUAUUUGCCACGCUUAGUCCCAUCCCUGGGUUUAUGCAAUGGCUUCUUUCCAAGUUGGCAUCCCAAAUAAAGCUGGCAGAGGCGGAAACUGAAGAGGCAAAAUUGUUGGAUAUGGGAUCUGGUUCAGCUUUCCGAGAGAGCCUCCUUCUCCAAGAUGAAGAAAAGAUUAUACUCGAGUCAUUUACGGAAAAUGUUACUGGAAAAAGUGGUAUUGAGAUAAUGCACUAUCUACUACAAUCAAGUGAAUGGGUCAAAUCUGAGUGCUUAUCUGCUGCACUAAAACCUCCUCUAAUGCGGUUGUGUGCAAGGUACCUCCAUAAAGAGAAAAAGCGGGGGAAAGCUCUUGAUGCUGUUGCAAAUUUUCACUUGCAGAAUGGAGCAAUAGUUGAGAGGAUAAACUGGAUGGCAGAUCAAUCAGAAAAGGGCAUCCGGCAAAGUGGAGGUAUUAUGGUCAAUUACGUGUACAGGUUGGAAGAAAUAGACAAAAAUGCUCAGUCCUAUCUCAGCACCGGGCAUAUCCAUGCUUCACCUCGCUUAUGCUGAUAUCUUGAGGAUACAUGAAAAGAGAGGCAGUGUGCGGAAAGAAGGGUCUUGGAUAUAUAAGUUUGAACUUACCGGCUUUUCUUAUGAAUGAUUAACGAGGAUUCCCUGUCCAUAUUUAUUUACAGUUUUAGCUUCAAGUGUACUUUGGGAAACUUAAUAGGAUAGUAGCUAGCAUAUCAUCACUGUGUAAUCCAGAAUCUUUGGUCAUACAAAGAAUUGUAUGAAGGAUCAAAUGCAAUACCUGUGAGAUGAGGAUUUGAAGGGGAAAAAUAAUACGGUUACUCAAAUUAUACUUUCGAGAGCUCUUUGGAUUAA